AGGGCUCUCACUUUUGGUGGUGCAUGCUGAUGUGGAGACUCCGGGCAGCUGUAGCUAAGGGUCCUCCAGCUCAUAAACCUGGAUGUUGGGACUUUGUUAAACUCUGACACUUUCUUCAUAUUUCAGAGACUAAAGUGGCUUCUCCUUAAACUACAUCAAAUAUCAUCGAGAGAGACAAAGACCUAGAGAUUCUAAAAACCCUAAGCAUCUAUACCGUCAGAGAAAAGGUGACCAGAUGUUUCUCAUCAAGACACUCAUUUUUGUUGCCUUGAUUUCAACUGCAUUGGCAGGACCAUGGGGUAUUAUGUGUGCUGGAGAAAAGAAAAAUGCUAUCAGGGACUGUGAUUCUUAUGGCUGUGGAAAGUUUGGUGCUCCUAGAGGUGAAAGGAAACACACUGGGGUGGACGUGAAGUGUGCAGAUGGAUCAGUUGUGUAUGCCCCUUUCAAUGGAAUGAUUGUGAGGGAGGCAAAACCUUAUAAAAAUGAUAAUGCUAUCAAUGAUGGUGUUGAGAUAACUGGGGAAGGUUAUUGUAUCAAAAUAUUCUACGUGAAGCCUUUGAAAUAUAAAGGUCUGAUCAAGAAGGGACAAAAACUUGGAGUUCUGCUGCCCAUGCAGCAAGUUUAUCCUCGAAUAACAUCACAUAUACAUAUUCAGAAUUGUGACUUGAGCAAUCCUACUUCAUAUCUGUGAAUGAAAAGAUGAUGACUUACACUUUCACUUUUUAAAAAGUAUCUUAAAUUUUAAAAUUACAAUCUGAUUAUCAUUUUGCUGUAUUCUUUAAUCUCUUUGCCACAAAUUAUGUUUCCGAUGCCUAUUUUUUCAAUAUCUGAAAUAAACAAAAUCAAUGCA